UCGGUUUUACAACAUGUUACUAAUUCUUUGUUUACACACAUUAUUUAGUUCUGUAUCGAUCUACAACUCAAAUCCUAAUGAAGUUGAAAAACUGCUCAAUUCUACACCAUUGCAAAUUUUUGAAGUUUUAGGAGUUUUCUUAGUGCAGACGUUUUUCCUAAUAUCUUCUUUUAUUGUAACUUUUCAAAUAUAUAACAUUUAUGAGGAUCAUGGAAAGUUCACUAUUAAACAGGCUCUUGAUGUCAUUAUUAAUAGGUUCUUUAGGAUCGGAGUAUGUACGACUGUAAUAUUACUUUUUAUGAAAACUUCUUGGCAUAAAUUGACUGAGGGACCUCAUAUUUUUUAUAUCUAUGAUAUGUUUCAAAAAGGAUGCGAACAAAACUGGUGGAAAACUUUUUGCUUUGUGAAUAACCACUUGUAUUUUGGAGAUAUGUGUAUUGUCACUUUGUGGUAUUUGUCUGUGGAUUUUCAACUGUACAUUAUGGCAGUAGUAACAAUAUGUGUCAUUUUCAAAUUUAAACUGGAUGAAUUUAAAAUUGUUGGCUUCCUAAUAUUUUUUUCCUGUCUAUUGUACGGAUCGAUCAUAUACGUCAACGAUAUGGAUAUAAUUUGGAGGCUCAAUGUAAAGCUAAUACAAAUAAAACACAACUUUUUUUAUUCGGAACCGUCAAGGAUAUUAUACAGUUCAACAUAUUCCAAUUGGACUACAAGCUUAGUAGGCAUUCUAUUGGGAAUUAUAUACUCCAAAUAUAAGAAUGGACAUAACGUCAAUAACAAAAUUAUAUCCAUAUUAUGGGUUUUAAUAUCUUUUGGUCUGCCUUCUGCAGUAAUAUUUGUAGCAAGACAUGAAUUCAGAGGGAUGCGGGCAGCAAUUGUGGGAUCCUUGGUGAAACCCCUAUUUUCUCUAGGCAUUGGGAUCGGAAUUUUAGGAAUGUCACAUAAUAUGGGAGGCCUUAUCAAACGUAUAUGUGAAAAUAAAUAUGUCAUGGUGAUGAGUAAUUUCUCAUUCACGACUUACGUAUUUCAGUUUAUUGUUAUAUUUUCUUAUAAAGGAACUGGAACGUACUCAUUGAUGGAAUUUACCAAGAUGGUAAAAUACUGUUUGUUUAUUGAUGCACCAGUUUCAAUAAUGGUUGGAAUUAUUUGCACGUUAAUUUUCGAGCGGCCUGGAAUUAAUUUACAAAAAUUAUUCUUGCCACAAAUACCACGUAGGAAAGACCAGCGACUAAAGGGUCAAUAAAAUGAAUUACUAUAGUAAAUUAAUAUUAUUUUGUCAUUUCUAUUAUUGUUUGAUUAAAUAACAAGGGAUGCAUUGUAUUUUAUUUCAAAAUUACGAAAAAUGCUUGUACCGUUCAGUUAGAUUUUCGGAAGUGGACGGGCUGUACGCUGAUACAUAUUCUUAACCCCCCACAAAUAGAGUCUGUCAAGUUGCAGACAUAAGUUAAAAUGUUAUAUUUUAAAUACUUUAUA